UCGCUCGCUCGCCCCCUCGCCCUCUGCCCCUGCGGACCCACAGCACCCUCCUCCGCGGUUCCGGUCACGGUUAACAACUGGCCGCCCCUACCGCGGGCUUCCACGCUUUAAAGCCUGCCUCCCCCAACCCAGGUUAACUUGGUUGUCCAGAGCCCAGCCUGUCGACACCCCGCGCCGCUUACAUCCCGAGAUGAGCUCAACUCACCGAGCGCACAGCGAGAGAACCGCGCGAAAAAAUGGAAAGGAAACCAAAGAGCCGCUGGGCCCGCUGCCCUCUGGGAAAUGUUGGAGCCGGCCUGUCCGUGGCCGCGGUGGCUUGUGGGGAAAGCAGCCCGAAUCCCAGAAGCCUCACGGAAGCGCUAGGUCGCCCCCGGACCGCCCAGCGCGGGCCCCGUGGGGAGAUUGUCUGAGGAGUGCGCCACCCGAGGGCUGGUAACGCCCGCAGGGAAACAGAAGACGGCGCGGUCAGGCUAGAAGGCAGGCAAGGGCACUCCGGAGCUGGCGGCCGUCGGCAGCCGCGGGCCUGAGGGUGCAGAGCCGCAAGGUAGGCUCCGUAGAGCGGCCCCAGGGCCAUGCGGGGACUCCGUGCGGUGUCCCCUAAGUAGCGGCAGCCUGGUGGUCACACACGGGAAAGAACCUCUAGGUACUACUCUUCAUGUGUACCAGCUGCAUUUAAUAGUGGUUUCCUGUCCAUGCAAACAGUGGUGAUAUGGAGAAGAAAGGACUCAUGAAGCAACAUGGGCAAUGGGGAAUCAGCAUUGUUAGUAGGGAUCAAUAGGGGAAAAGCAAAUACUACCAGGAUUCAAUGGAGGGGUCACAGAUACUGUGUUACUGGGAAAUGGGCAUCUAUAGACUUUUUGCUGAUUAUUAAUGGAGGUCCUACAGGAAGAGUGAUAAUGAAGAUUCCAAAAUGCAGACAAGAUAAGCUGAGUGUAUCUAUGAAACAACACAAUAGAGAACACAUUGUUUUGACGUUACACAUGUGACAUUUAUGAAAACCGACCAAGAACUAGACGUAAAGCAAACUUUAAACUCGAGCAUUACCCAGAGGCAUUAUUUGAAAUCGACAACACACUUCUAAUAACUCAUGGAUGAGAGAAAAAAAAAAAUUAAAAGCCAGUACUUUUUGACUGGAACAAUAAAAUGCUACACACCAAAAUUUAUGAAUGUUAGAAAGCAAGCUUAUCAUAGAUCCCAUCGAACCCAGCUCACUGACCACUGACUCCCAUCACUGAGUCCACACAAACCCCACACUCAUCUCAAAGAUCCCCAUCACUGACCCAAGAGACUCCAAUCACAGCAACGGACGCCACAAUCUUCACCACUGAGCCCAGAAACCGCCAUCACUCACUCUACAGACAACACUCCCAUCACCGACCCCACAGAAUCCCUAAUCACGACCAACCCAAAUCACCUCAGAGACCUCUUGCAAUUGAUACGGGGAGAAACUCCUGACACCAGCAGAGAAAAAGCCUUCGUGGAGGACCACUUCCGCUUCCGGUCUGCCCUCUAACUCCUCCCCUCAAGAACUGUUGGUAGUGCGCAUGCUCUGAGUUACCUUGGAAGCUACGUGUGCCAACAAUCAACAUGGCGCAGUUCCCAUAAGAGACGCUGUCUGGCCGAAAACAUGGCCUCGCCCAGUGGUGCCUCUGAGCGUGAGCCGCCAUCUUUGAGGCGUCUCCAUUCCGUACAGCGGAGGAUUAGGCCACCCGCGGGUUUUCACAGCGCGAGGUCGUGAUUGCCACUUGAGGCCCUGGUCGAGGUGUGCUUCUGAGAGGGAGAAGAUAUUGGCGGUGAAGUCCGGUGCUUUGUGUUAUAUUUAGAAAAGCUAAUUUGCCUCUAGGGAUACGGCAUACAGCUGAGAGCAAUGAUCUGGGAUGAAGGGAGCCAGGGAGGAAAAAUCACCAAGGAAGGAGGACGAACGUCUUGUCUGUUACGGCUGAAUCUUGGGAGGAGUCAUGGGGAGAAAUCUGGACAGUCCAAUCUACUUUUUUGGACAAACUGCUGAGGGAGAAUGUGAAGAGAGGUCAGAUGGGAGCCCCGUCCUGGACCAAACCUCCAGUCCACUGCAAGAAGGGUUUUUUUUAGCUUUUUAUGGGAGAAACCACCUGGGAAAAUAAGGUACAAAUCAAGGUGGUCCAGUCUUCUGAGAGACACCGCCAGGGCAAGACGGCACCUUCUGAGGAGCUGGUGGAGGGAAGUGGAGCCUUGAAUCCCCAUUAAUCUCCAUUAGCAGGCAACAAUUAUAAAAAUAAUAAUGGUUUUUAACGUGGUCAACGUGUGACAAAAAGCACCUAAGGAUCCCAUUUGCUGCUUUGUGAGAAUUGAAGCAAGAUCAUUUGGCAAGUCUGCAGUGGCCCACAUUGCCUACUGCCACCUCUAUCUCCACUGUGCACAGGAAACAUGAGGCUCCCGGGGACUGGCAGGGCCCAUGGAGGAAGCUUAUCUCCAGGGAGUGUGGGAUGUCUCCUGUGGGAACCUGACUCGGAGACUGCUCUUGGAUCUAGAAGACCCUCUGCAGCGAUCUGGAGAAGGGAGCAGGGAUAUCGGCUGGCUCAGCUUAGGUUUAUACGCCAGCAGGAAAUCGAAGCGCCAGGCGCCAUCUUGUCUGGGCCGACCUGCUUCCUGACUACAUUUCCCAGAGGCCCCCGGGGGAGCAGGGCCGUUCCUUCACUCGCCUGCUUGAGUCUCGGCCUCCCGGCAAGGGGAAUUGCAAGCUCACUUCUUUUUAUCCUGAAUGACAUUCUGUUUUCUGGAUGUACCCCAGUUUAUUUAACCACAAACCUACUAAAGGUUCCAAGUCUGGGAAUUAGGAAUAAAGCUGCUGUGCAAGUCUUGGUGUGGACAUAAUUUUUCAGCUCCUUUGGGAAAACAGCCCCAAGGAGGACUGAUCAUUUCCUGCAAUACUGAAAGCCAUGGCCCAGGGAUCAGUGAUGUUCAGUGAUGUGUCUAUAGACUUCUCACAGGAGGAGUGGGAGUGCCUGGACCCUGGUCAGAGAGACUUGUACAGAGAUGUGAUGUUGGAGAACUAUAGCAAUCUGCUGUCAAUGGGACUUUACAUUCCUAAGCCUCAAGUUAUCUCCUUACUGGAACAAGGAAAAGAGCCCUGGAUGGUUGGCAGAGAGCUGACAAGAGGCCUGUGUUCAGAUCUGGAAUCAAUGUGUGAAACCAAGUUACUAUCUCUGAAGAAGGAAGUUUAUGAAAUAGAAUCAUGCCAGAGGGAGAUAAUGGGACUUACAAAGCAUGGCCUUGAGUACUCCAGUUUUAGAGACAUUUUGGAAUAUAGAAACCACUUUGAAAAACAACUGGGAUAUCAAAGUGGGCAUUUCAACCAAGAAAUAUUCUCUCAUGAAUACAUGCCCACAUUUAUUCAACAGACAUUCUUUACUUUGCAUCAGAUAAUUAACAAUGAAGAGAAACCCUAUGAAUGUAAGAAAUGUGGAAAGGUCUUUAGUCAGAAUGCACAAUUUAUUCAACAUCAGAGAAUUCAUAUUGGUGAAAAAUCUUAUGAAUGUAAGGAGUGUGGGAAAUUCUUUAGUUGUGGCUCCCAUGUUACUCGACAUCUGAAAAUUCACACUGGUGAAAAACCCUUUGAAUGUAAGGAAUGUGGCAAAGCCUUCAGUUGUAGCUCAUACCUUUCUCAACAUCAGAGAAUUCACACUGGUAAGAAACCCUAUGAAUGUAAGGAAUGUGGGAAAGCCUUUAGUUAUUGCUCAAAUCUUAUUGACCAUCAGAGAAUUCACACUGGUGAAAAACCUUACGAAUGUAAAGUAUGUGGAAAAGCCUUUACUAAGAGCUCACAACUUUUUCAACAUGUGAGAAUUCAUACAGGUGAGAAACCCUAUGAAUGUAAAGAAUGUGGCAAAGCUUUUACUCAGAGCUCAAAGCUUGUUCAGCAUCAGAGAAUUCAUACUGGUGAAAAACCCUAUGAGUGCAAGGAAUGUGGCAAAGCUUUUAGUAGUGGCUCAGCACUUACUAAUCAUCAAAGAAUUCACACUGGGGAGAAGCCCUAUGAUUGUAAGGAAUGUGGGAAAGCUUUUACUCAGAGCUCACAACUUCGUCAACAUCAGAGAAUCCAUGCUGGUGAGAAACCCUUUGAAUGUCUUGAAUGUGGGAAGGCCUUUACCCAGAACUCACAACUUUUUCAACAUCAGAGAAUUCAUACAGAUGAAAAACCAUAUGAAUGUAAUGAAUGUGGAAAGGCCUUUAAUAAAUGCUCAAACCUUACACGACAUCUGAGAAUUCAUACUGGUGAGAAACCGUAUAACUGUAAGGAAUGUGGGAAGGCAUUUAGUAGUGGCUCAGAUCUCAUUCGUCAUCAGGGAAUUCAUACUGAUGAAUAAUAAAAGUUACUUUUGUCACCUUUAAACAAAAAAAAUAAUUCGUUUGAUAGUUACUCUUUCACUAUUUUUUCUUUUUAAAUUUUAUUUUACAUUUCUUUUUAAUUCAAAUGUAUUUCACUCUAAGUUAUGAAUUAAGAUUCUAAGUUGACAUUUGCCCACCCCCUGUUCCCCAGUCUUGGGCCGUUGUUCAAUAAUUCUUUUCUUCCCCAUUUGUUUGUUUUACCUUUUUGGUGAGACAUUAUAUUAUUGUUUAUAUUUGCUUGUAUUUUUCUUCUCUGAUCUAUAUAUUUGUGCUUACAUCAAUAUUGCACUGUUUAAAAUUGUGUAACCUUGUAUUUUUUUAAUUGUAGAAUUAUAACCUUGUUUUUGAAGUCAGUAAUAAUUUUUUGUUUCAUUUCACAAAUUUGUGUUUUCAGAAAAUCAGGAAACCAGAAACUAAAAAGCCAAGAUUAUCAGUAAUCAUAGCAACUAUCAAUGAUUACUCUUAAGUUAGUAGAGCAAAUCCUACCAGACUUUGUUUUCAAAGUCAUAGUAUGCAUGUUAUUCCUUUGCCUGUUUUGAUCAUGCCAAAAUAUAUGGUUGCCAUUUCAGUAAAUACAGAUUUUUUAAAAUGACUUCUAUAUACUUAAUGGCUUUUUAAAAUGACUUUAUUACUUGUGUUUUGUUUGCAUCUAAGCAUUUGCAGUUAUUAAAUCUGCCCUGAUUACUAUGACCCAAAAUUUAUGUUUGGAUGUUUGUUUGUGUCUUUUAAAAGAUCUAUUUUAAUUGCUGAAACUAUGCACCUUUUCUCUCUGUAAACUGUUUUGUUCAUUUUCAUCCACCUCAGUCUCCUACUAAAUAGGUAAUUAACUGCUGUUAUCCAAGUGUUGUUUAUCUUUCCAGUUUUGUUUGUUUUGUUUUUACUUUUUACUUAUAUAUGUUAGUGGCAUUUUUAUUUCCUAUGUAUUAUUAAAGAUAAUCAUGCUGUAUGUAUUGGUUUGUUGUGAGGAUUCAAUGAAUUAAUAAAUGUAAAGUGCUUAGAACUA